CGACAAAUUAAAUAAUUUAAACAAGUUACAAUAUCAUCCAGGGCUUAAAAGGUGUGCACAAGGAUUGCUUAUUACUUUUCGUACGUCGUUACAGAGUUACAGACUUACUUUCAGUGUGUUCGAAGAUUUUCGCUGGAAAUGUCCACAGCAUGGCUUGUAAUAUUCGCUUGGAUGCUGAUAGGUCAAGGAUCGGCCCGCCUCUUGGAUGAGAAUUGUGGAAACGUGGUGAAGGUUGUGGCAAAGAUAGUCGGCGGAAAGGAUGCGGGGGAAGAUAAGAAUCCGUGGAUGGCCAUAAUAAAAUCCCACAACGUAUUUGUCUGCGGAGGAACGCUGAUUAAUGACCGUUUCGUCAUGACGGCCGCGCACUGCAUCUGCAAUAAUACAGAUUGCAGUGUGCAGCGCACUCAACUCACUGCCACUUUGGGGAUGUACCAUAGCCAAUCGGAAAACCAAUCGGAAUCUAAACAUGCCCAUGUAAGCAAUGUGGUUCGGGCCCACUUGCACACAUCCUUUGUUAUGGAAAGCCAUGUCCAUGAUAUAUGUCUGCUCCAAUUGGCAAGAAGCGUCGUUUACAAGGAGAACAUUAAACCGAUAUGCAUUUUAUUGAACGAACAGAACAAGCCGCAAGCGGAUGCCAUCCAAAAUUACACAGCAGUUGGCUGGGGAGAAACCGGAAGCAUGAAUGCCAGUGGCAGUGACGCACUUCAAGUCAUUCAAAUCUACAAAUUGAAUAGGGAAGAGUGUAUUAAUUAUUUCUGGGAUAUACAUGACACACAGAUCUGUGGUGGCAGAACAGACGAGAAGGACACCUGCAAUGGCGACUCCGGAGGACCCUUGUAUGCAGAGUGGUUAUAUGGAAGCAUCUGGCGAGCAACGCAGUUCGGAAUCGUCAGCGCGGGCAACUCCGAGUGCCGGGGUUUCGGCAUGUACACCGAUGUGAUGAGCCACAUCGACUUUAUCGAGCGCAUUGCCCUGGACUCGGACAUUGAAGUGGUGCUACCGAAACUAGACCUACUGGAUGACGGAUGUCUGGGCCAGCACACGUUGCGGAGCUGGGAAGGAAAUGUCUCCGAAGCGACCAGGUCCUUCGAAUGGUUAGCUGAGGUCUACAUGCAGUCCUUUUUGGUCUCAUAUGGCGUGCUCAUUUCGAAAACUUUCGUGGUGACAACGGCACAGAUGCUACCCGAGGAUGUGGCAUUCACGGUUCAACUGGGGCAAGGAGUUGUGGAUACCUUCGAUGUGACAUCUGUGCACAAGCAUCCGGAAUUCGUAAGUCUGGCCCAAAACGAUAUAGCGCUUCUUAAGCUGGACAGAGCAGUGCAGUACACGGAAUCUAUUCGACCCAUCUGCCUGCCCUCACCAAGCAACAAAGCGCAGCAGAAGAAGUUCCAAGGAUGGGCUGCUGAUCCUGCCCAGAAACUCAUCACCGUUGGCCGGGGCAUUCGGACUAACGUGGCGGUGCGACGGACAAAUUCCAGUGAAUGCUACCAGGAGGAUCACCAGGAGAUCGGAGAGCGACAGUUGUGCGUGGAACGACCUGCUCCUCAAAUCCUGCGCGUGGGCAGUGGCAGUCCUUUGGUAAGCCCCCUAUUCGAAAAGAAGGGGGCAUUCAGCCUGGUCGGAUUGGCCAGCUUCGGCAGGAGCGAGGACUUUUCUCCAGAUGUCUAUACCAAUGUUUUGGGUCACUUGAAGUGGAUCGGAGAUUUGCUAAAGAAGUAGAAAAUCUUUUGAAGAGUUAUAUUAUG